UGAGAACAGAAUUAACUAUUCCCGAUCGCAUGGCCAAAGAAAAACUAGUUUUAUUGUUAAAGUGCACCUAAGCUUUGGAAACUCUAUAUCGUUUCAAUUAUACGGAGUUUUAACUAAUAACUUCAUCUCUAAAUGCAUAUUACUAAUUUUACCAUGCAGCUGAACACCGACUGACUCACGUGAAUGAAUUAGAAUAUUAUCCAUCUUUAAAUGUACGAGUUUCAAAGGAACAAUUUAGCUUGCAGAUUGGGUUAGCGUGGUCGGCAAAAAGCUAUUGAAUACGCCUCAGCGACGAGUUAACGACUUACUUAGUAUCUUGAAAGAAAACGGCUCUUUUUGAAAUCUCUCAGGAACAUUGUAGAAAGUAAACUCCGAAAAGGCCUUUUUCUUCAACCGGAAGAAGCUCUCCUCAAGACCCUGUCAUCUCGAACGCAAAUCUUGUAGUCCCGUGGAGCGAAUUCGCGGCCACGGUGAAAAUCUCUCUGUCGACUCGCAAGAAUUGUUUCAAGAUUUGUGCCAAAUGCAAGAACACUGGAUGAUCGAAGCGCGGCCAUACCAGUCAAGUACCACUGAUGAACAGUUUGUGCCCGAAAUCGAAGGAAACUCGACAACUCCGAAGGAAGGCAGCUAUGCCACACACAUUAAAGCCGAGCCCAGAGAGCGAGCGUGUCAGCAGUCCGAGCUACUUCGACGAGCAACACUUAAGCAGUCAAACAAGAUGGACAAGACCAACGACAACUCUUCUUACAUGAGAAUGAUAAGUGAAAGCCACGCUUCAAGCAGUUCCCCUUUGGUAUACACCUGCUCGGCGCAGCCAUCAAGUUUUCACUGCAUGAAGGGUUACAGACAACUAGCAGCAGCUUAUGACAGCACGCCGUUCGAUUCUUCGCCAGCUCCCAGUUAUCCUUCCAUCAAACAAGAGCCUAUCGAUUACACGACAUGUGAAAAUCCCUACGAACAAGAACGUUUACAAAGUCUCGCGUCUUUCCACCAUCAAGCGCAUCAGCAAGCAGAGUGUUAUGGCCUCCAAACAUCUUCAACAGAAGCCGCCGUCUAUGAUCCCAAUGUCCAUUCGUUUUACGACGAACCUCUGCCUUACGCAGAGAGAUACCACAAGUACACCGACUUCAAAGAACAUAAACCAAGUUACAGAGACGCUCCCGAGUUUAAAGUACCGAGUGGUGUCACGUAUCCAGAACCCAGGGCCUUUCAGAGACGGGGGUCGUUACAGCUUUGGCAGUUCCUUGUGGCUCUCUUGGACGAGCCUGAAUGUUCCUCGUUUAUCGCUUGGACAGGGCGUGGUAUGGAAUUUAAACUUAUCGAUCCCGAAGAAGUGGCUCGCAGGUGGGGCAUCCAGAAGAACCGUCCUGCUAUGAACUACGACAAGCUCAGCCGAUCUCUUCGUUAUUAUUACGAGAAAGGAAUAAUGCAGAAGGUUGCAGGCGAACGCUACGUGUAUAAAUUUGUUUGCAGCCCAGAAGCUCUGUUUAGUAUGGCUUUUCCUGACUCACAGAAACCUUACAUCAAACCAGAGUGUCGGGAACCCAAACCCGUGAGCCCGCAUGCAUCCCAGCAGCUUCUUCCCAUGCCUAAGGAACCUUACCCCAAGCCACCAUACCCGCAACAGCAUUUUGUCAACCCUACAUCCAGUUGUUAUCAAGCCGAGUGGGAUCUGGACACUUCUUGUGUCUACUAGCUGCUAACCAAACAAUAUUACGGAAAUGCUUAAAACUGUUUACCCACCAAGACAGGAAAAUAUAGCUUCCUGCGUGAUUUGCCAAUGGAUCGGUUUUCAAUAUCAAGUAGCUUUUAAUAUAACGUUAUGAUUUCUCGUAGUAUGCGCUUCACCAAGCGAUAGGGUUUCAUUGUGACUGCCAUGAACCUUGUGUGGGCCAUUAUUACGAUGGCCUUUUCUAUACCCAAAAAAUAAAUGAACAAAGACUAACGAUCGACCAUCCAUUGACAACUCCUCAAAUGUUACUGCAGAAAUAAAACAGGACAGAAGACAGCAGGCGGGAGUAAUGAUCAGACCAAGUUUUUCUAUGUACAGUCGGCCUUUGUAAAGUUAUAACUUCGACCAAGAUAAAUAUGAAAAAAUAUGGACACGAACUGCCCCAGUAUCAACUGUCGGGGGUUGGUGUUUGUCUAUAUAUACAUAUAUGUAACAAAAGUAAUUAUUAUUAUUGUUAUUAUUAUUGUUUAUAAGAUGUAAAAUACAUUUUGACUGAAUAUAUAUGAAAUUAAAUUUGUAAUAUUUGUGAGGCAAACUUGAAAGCUGAAAUAAAAAGAGGACAAUUAUGAAAUGGUUUUACCCCAACGUAACGUUCAAAAUUCCCACUGCACCUCAAGUAAGCCGAUAAACUGACGGUUACCCACAGAACAAUCAUCGAAAGGUAUACAUUGUGAAUAUGGCAGUCCAAUGAAUAAUCACAUUUUUAUAGCAGACCGUGAGACCUCACGUGACAAAGAUAUUCUGGGUCUCAGAAGAGAGCUAACGCCCACGAGGCAAUGUCCCAAUUCCAUGAAUUCCGUUUGGCUGGACUUCUGACUAUUCGAUUUCUCAUUUGAUGCACCACAACCUCGCUUAAGAGUAGAGAGACUUAAAUACUAGACCGAUGAAGAUAAAACCAGUUGUACAAUCGGACUGGACUAUUACUCUACAAGUAACUUCCCAUCAUGCAUCGUGCAGAGGUGCUCUGAUGGGCAUUGUCACCGAGAUGAAGAGCAUUUGCUCGUAAAAUUCUGGUUUGUUCGAGAAUUUUGCAGAAGUGAACUGAGAGAUUCUAAGCAAACUUCAAAACAAGAUUCCCAAUUCAUCCCCCACAUUCAGUCACUGGGUACUUAUGUGAUCUCUAAUUCAACGGCCUAGGAAAAUAGAGUUUUCCCGAGGUAGAUAAAAGUGAUAAAAGCGAAACUAGUUAAAAUCUGAAUAUUUGACUUAAA